AAGGCAUGUUGGCCUACGUCCAAGGUAUUCAACGUCAAGAACGCGCUAACGGUGUUGAAACUUUACAACAUCAAACUUGGUCCGGUGCUAACUACUAUGAUUCCCUAAUCAAAACCGUCCAAGGAGGUAUCUCUUCAACGGCUGCUAUGGGUAAAGGUGUGACUGAGGAUCAAUUUAA